AUGAUAGAUACAAACAAACAAUUUACUAGUUUUAAAUUACACAAUAAUCAACAAAGAAAUGCAAAUCAAGUCAUAAAACCAAAAACAUUCUAUUCAGAUGUAAACGUUAAACGAAGUUCAAAUGAAGCAACUUGUGCAAUGUGUAACGGUCCACAUUUUAUAUAUUACUGUACACAGUUUAAGAAAGAACCUGUACUUGAGAGGCAAAAUAUAGUGCAAAGUAAGCGGCUUUGUUUUAACUGUCUCGCGCCCACACAUCCUGUAUUUAAAUGUCAACAAAAUUCGACAUGUCGAAAAUGUGGCAAAAAGCACCAUACUUUGCUUCAUUUUGAGAAAGAAGAUAAGCAAACAUAUCAAAAUUCGAGACAAACUGAGUCAACGAGAGAUACAGAACAUAAAUCUAGUGGUGGAAUAAAUUCAUCAUCUAACGAGACAACUGUAUUAGCUAAUUUUUCGAGAGGUGAUGUAAAAACUUAUAGCGUACUAUUAGCAACUGCUGUUGUAAAAUCUAAUAGUUCUAGAAACGGUUCUUCUUAUAUUUUAAGAGCAUUGUUAGACCAAGGCUCUCAAGCCUCUUUUGUGACUGAGGACACCGUACAAUUGUUAGGUCUCAAACGUACUAAUGUAAAUGGUAGGGUGUCAAGCUUGGGAGAUGGUCAUAGUAUGGUUAUAAAAUACGCAGUUAAUAUCGAAGUAGAAUCCCGUCACGAUCCUGGUAAAAAUAUUCGCGUCUACGCUUAUGUAUUAAAGUCAAUUACCUCUAUAUUACCGUCACGUGAAGUACAUAUCCCCGAUUGGCUAGAGCUAAAAAACUUACCUCUUGCCGAUCCAGGAUUUGCAUCUCCAGGGAAGAUUGAUGUUUUACUCGGUGCAGAAGUAUACGGAGAGAUACUGCUAAAUGGAAUGAAGAGAAGCCCAUACGGAAACCUAAUAGCUCAGAAUACUAUUUUUGGAUGGAUUUUGUCAGUACCAAAGUCAAGAUAUCUCGAUUUCGUAACCGCUAACACUCCGAUGGGAGUAAGUAACAAAGGCUGGGUUCAACGUCCUUGGGCCCUUGGUUUUUAUGCAUCCGCACUGUUGCAUAAUACUCCAGCAGAUAAUAAUUACUGUAGUCAUUAUGCUGCAGAU